CAAGUGUGCAAUGUCAUGGAUCACAGCCAGAACAAUUGGCUGCGGACGAACUGGAUCCCGCGCAACUCGGCUCAGAAGAUCUACGUAGAACUCAAGUUCACCCUGAGGGACUGCAACAGCAUCCCCCUGGUCCUGGGCACCUGCAAAGAGACCUUCAACCUGUAUUACAUGGAGUCUGAUGACGACCACUCGGUCAAAUUCAAGGAGAACCAGUUCAUGAAGAUCGACACCAUCGCGGCCGACGAGAGCUUCACCCAGAUGGACCUUGGCGACCGGAUCCUCAAGCUGAACACAGAGAUCCGUGAGGUGGGGCCCAUCAGCAGGAAAGGCUUUUACCUGGCUUUCCAGGACGUGGGCGCGUGCGUGGCCCUGGUGUCGGUGCGGGUGUACUUCAAGAAAUGCCCUUUCACCGUCAAGAACCUGGCCAUGUUCCCCGACACGGUGCCCAUGGACUCCCAGUCGCUGGUGGAGGUGCGGGGCUCCUGUGUCAACCACUCCAAGGAGGAGGAGCCCCCCAAGAUGUACUGCAGCACGGAGGGGGAAUGGCUGGUGCCCAUCGGGAAGUGCUUGUGCAACGCUGGCUACGAAGAGAGAGGCUUUGCGUGCCAAGCCUGUCGAGCUGGGUUCUACAAAGCCUCUGCUGGCAACGUGAAGUGUGCCAAAUGCCCCCCCCACAGCUCCACCUACGAAGAUGCAUCUCUGAACUGCAGGUGUGAAAAGAAUUACUUUCGCUCUGAGAAAGACCCUCCAUCCAUGGCUUGCACCAGACCACCGUCCGCCCCGAGGAACGUCAUCUCUAACAUCAACGAGACCUCUGUCAUCCUGGACUGGAGCUGGCCUCUGGACACGGGGGGCAGGAAGGACGUCACCUUCAACAUCAUCUGCAAGAAAUGCGGCGGGAGCAGCCGGGCGUGCGAGCCCUGCAGCGACAACGUGCGGUUCCUGCCGCGGCAGAGCGGGCUCACCAACACCACGGUGACCGUGGUGGACCUGCUGGCACACACCAACUACACCUUCGAGAUCGAUGCCCUCAACGGCGUGUCCGACCUGAGCACCCUGGCCAGGCAGUUCGCCGCUGUCAGCAUCACCACUAACCAGGCUGCUCCAUCCCCCAUCACGGUCAUAAGGAAGGACAGGACGUCCAGGAACAGCGUGUCCCUCUCUUGGCAGGAGCCUGAGCAUCCCAACGGGAUCAUCUUGGACUACGAGGUCAAAUACUAUGAAAAGCAGGAACAAGAGACAAGCUAUACUAUUCUGAGAGCCAGAGGCACCAACGUGACCAUCAGUGGCCUCAAGCCUGACACCACCUAUGUCUUCCAAAUCCGAGCCCGAACUGCAGCUGGGUAUGGGACAAGCAGCCGCAAGUUCGAGUUUGAGACCAGCCCAGACUCGUUCUCCAUCUCCAGUGAGAACAGCCAGGUGGUGAUGAUUGCCAUUUCAGCAGCAGUGGCCAUCAUUCUCCUCACAGUGGUGGUGUAUGUCUUGAUUGGGAGAUUCUGUGGAUACAAGAAGUCUAAACAUGGCACUGAUGAGAAAAGGCUGCAUUUUGGGAAUGGCCAUUUAAAGCUCCCAGGUCUGAGAACUUACGUAGAUCCACACACAUAUGAGGAUCCCAACCAAGCUGUGCAUGAAUUUGCCAAGGAACUGGAUGCUUCCAAUAUAUCCAUUGAUAAAGUAGUUGGAGCAGGAGAAUUUGGAGAAGUGUGCAGUGGACGCCUGAAGCUGCCUUCUAAAAAGGAAAUUUCAGUGGCCAUCAAAACCCUGAAAGUUGGCUACACAGAAAAGCAGAGGAGAGACUUCCUGGGAGAAGCCAGCAUCAUGGGCCAGUUUGACCACCCCAACAUCAUCCGACUGGAGGGAGUUGUCACUAAAAGUAAACCAGUUAUGAUUGUUACUGAAUAUAUGGAAAAUGGUUCCUUGGACAGCUUCCUGCGAAAGCAUGAUGCCCAGUUCACAGUCAUCCAGCUGGUGGGCAUGCUCCGAGGGAUUGCAUCUGGCAUGAAGUACCUGUCGGAUAUGGGAUACGUGCACCGGGAUUUAGCUGCUCGGAACAUCCUCAUCAACAGUAACCUGGUGUGCAAAGUCUCUGAUUUUGGACUCUCUCGUGUGCUGGAGGAUGACCCAGAAGCUGCUUACACCACAAGGGACAGUCAAAUGGACUCUCUGGUUUUGUUUUACACCCAGGGGGGUAAGAUUCCCAUCCGAUGGACGUCUCCAGAAGCUAUUGCCUAUCGGAAGUUCACAUCAGCCAGCGAUGCCUGGAGCUAUGGGAUUGUCCUCUGGGAGGUGAUGUCUUAUGGGGAGAGACCCUACUGGGAGAUGUCCAACCAGGAUGUGAUUAAGGCUGUGGAUGAAGGGUACCGCUUGCCACCUCCCAUGGACUGCCCAGCUGCCUUGUAUCAGCUGAUGCUGGACUGCUGGCAGAAAGACAGAAACAACAGACCCAAGUUUGAGCAGAUUGUCAGCAUCCUGGAUAAACUGAUCCGUAAUCCCAGCAGUCUGAAAAUAAUCACCAACGCGGCGGCAAGGCCAUCAAAUCUCCUCCUGGACCAAAGCAACAUUGACAUUUCAGCCUUCCGCAGCACAGGUGAUUGGCUCAAUGGUUUUAGGACAGGGCAGUGCAAGGACAUUUUCACAGGGGUGGAGUACAGCUCCUGUGACACCAUAGCCAAGAUUUCCACAGAUGACAUGAAGAAAGUUGGUGUCACAGUGGUGGGCCCUCAGAAGAAGAUUGUCAGCAGUAUCAAAGCUCUUGAAACUCAUACAAAGAACAGCCCUGUUCCUGUGUAAGGUACCAAAACGAUGUUGCUCAAGAGAGGAAGAAAAGAAAGGAGAAAAGUUGCAUCACAGGUCAAAAGUGAUGGCUGAUAAACUCAGAAUUUAAAGGAGCUCUUUGCAACAGCUUUGGAAACGCAAUGGUUGAGAUUUCAAACCCACAAGACACUCAAAUACUGAGUAUAAAUGCCUUAAAAAUAGGAGCAAACUUGUUUUCUCUCUGUUAAUCCUAAAGGGUGGGUGCUCUUGACUGACUGUUAAUGCAGAUAGUAAAUAUCAAAAGAAAAAAGAAAAAUAUGUGAAAAAUCCUUCCAAGUACAAACCAGUGUUACUAAAACCUAGAGCCAUUUGAAUAUUAAGUGACUGAAUAGCAGAAAAAAAAAAACAUGGACAUA